CCCCAGGAAGACUAGCUCUCGCCAUUGGCGUCGGCGAAUGGGGAACCUAAAUGAAAUCAGCUCCGGAACUAUUGGCAGUGCAUAUGUUUCCGUCUAGCCUGAGGGAACAGUUAUUAUUUGCACACUGCUACGUCACGUCACAGUUCCACAAUGGCGAGCCCUGUUAUGGAAGAACUUCCAAAGAAUUCUGUGUUGGACCCACUGAAGGGGCUCCUGCUCACUUAUUUCAUGCCAGAAUCAUGUUACGACGAGUUUUUCCUCAAUUUUAACUUUCUGGAUGUGCCAUGUCUAAAGAUUGUGCUGAGCAAAGGUCUAGGCAUUGGAAUCAUCCUGGGGUCUGUGAUGGUAAAGCUGCCCCAGAUCCUGAAGCUGAUGGGGGCUAAGAGUGCAGAUGGUCUAAGCUUCAACUCUGUCUUGCUGGAGCUGCUGGCUAUUACCGGCACCAUGGCCUAUAGCAUUGCUAACAGCUUCCCCUUCAGUGCCUGGGGUGAGGCCCUCUUCCUCAUGUUACAGACAGUAGCCAUCGGGUUCCUCAUUAUGCAUUAUGGAGGCAACACAUUCAAAGGUGUGCUGUUCCUGGUGGUGUACUUUGUUCUGGUAGCUCUGCUGCUCUCCCCUGUAACGCCAAUGCCUGUGGUCAUGGCCAUGCAGGCAUCCAACAUGCCUGCAAUCAUCAUUGGCAGGCUUAUUCAGGUAGUGACUAACUAUCGUAAUGGACACACAGGUCAGCUGUCUGCCAUCACUGUGUUUAUGCUGUUCGCUGGCUCCUUGGCUCGCAUAUUCACCUCAAUACAGGAAACUGGUGACUCCCUGAUGGCCCUGACCUAUGUCAUAUCCUCUUCCUGUAACGGCCUUAUCGCUGCCCAGCUCCUGUACUACUGGAACAGCAGCCCGGCACGGAAGAAGAAGACAGAGUAGAUAGACGGGUGCACAUGAAAUUAGUUGCCUCUAAAUUGGCACUCUAUUUCCAAUAUAGUGCACUACUUUUGACCAGGACCCAUAAGGCUGUGGUCAAAAGCAGUGCACUAUAUUGGGAAUAGCGUGCCAUUUUGGGAUGCAUUAGAGGGAAUAUACAGACAGGGUGCAGCUCAAAUGGCCCCCUAUUCCAUAUGUAGUGCACUGCUGACCAGGGCCAUGGACUCUAAUGGUACACUAUGUGAAAUUGGGUGUCAUUUGAGAUUUGCACCAAUUCACAUCUAGCAAUUCAUACACUCUGCACUCCCCUACUGUAAGCUUAGCUCUGGACCAAACAUUCUAUUCCCACCACCCAAACCAAGGAACUCUCUCCUCUACCUGACUUCAAUGAUACUGUGACUACAGCCCAGUUAGACUAGCUCACAGAGAAAUCAUUAGUUUUGCCUCCGUGUUUUAGCUCAGGGAAGGGAAGGCUUGACACGCUUAUUUCUCCAUCCUGAACACUGAUUCUACUAAACGCCACAGAAGUGCCGAUACGGUGUAGGGUGAAGUUGCCGCUUGAUGCUGAUCCUGAGUUAGUUUAGCAUUUUUCCCACUUAUGGUUAAGGUUAGGAUUCUGGGAGGGGAAGCUGAUCCUAUAUCUGUACCUAGGGGAAACUUCAACCCAGAGCUGUCAAAACACCCACUACGGUCAGUUGUUUUUGUCGUACUCCUAAAUCUCUAUGCCUCCCUAACAAUGCACUACAUUGUUCCAGUUAUAUUACACGGGUUGUCCUCGGACCAUAAUCUAGAAUGAAAACGCAUUCCAGAACACAACCAGGAAGGUAACUAUUCUAGCUAUAGUCAAGGGGUCAAGCAAUAGAGGUUUACUGUGAAAUUCUCUGUCAGUAUGUUGAAGUUAAAUGUUCGAAUUGUUGAAGUUGUUGAAGCUUUGUUGACUGAGUGUAAUCUAAAGCAGCCUGGUCUCAGAUCCUUUAAUGCUUGUGCCAACUUCAUUGCUGUACUUGGUAAACAAUGUUUGGCGUGACAAGAGUUGCAAGGAUUUGGCAUUAUUGCACAAACAGACUGGCACACAGGCUAGAUCAAAAUAACAACUGAACCAAAUGGUUAUCAGUCCAAAUUAUGUUUGUCUGUGUUUCUUUGUGCAUAUAAAUGCUGUAUUUGUUUAAUGAUAAAUCACAUAUUUUAUUGAAUUCAAUGAAUGAGUCCACAAUACUAAAUAAUUAAUUCCAAUUUGAUUCAGUUUAACCUGGGAGCAGAAAUUUGGGGUCGUUAUGGUUUUAUGUUGAAGUCCAAUUUCUCUGUUUUAGUUUUAGUUUACUUGUUGAGAUUCAACUUCUCAUGUUAAGAUGCUGCUUGUAUGCGUCACAUGCGAGUGCUACAGUUCUGAACAUGGUAAGAGUUUAUUUGAAUGCAAAAAUGUAAUAAAAUAUGUUUUGUUUUUGUUGGGA